UUAUUGGCUAUUCAUUUAACACAACCAAACCACCGGAGUAGAAUUUCCCAAAUAUUAUCUUUCAAAAAACUCCGUUCGUUAACAUUUAUAAAUAUUUAAAUUUUUUCCAAGAAUACUAAAAAAGUUUUUUUAAAAAAAAGUUGUUCUUUUAUAUUUUAUCAAAUAUAUUAAAUAAAUAACCAUUUGUCUAAAUAAAAAUGCCUAUUGACUAUAGUAAGUGGGAUAAACUUGAACUUAGUGACGACGACGACUUUGAAUGUCACCCUAAUGUGGAUAAAGCGUCUUUUAUUCGAUGGAAACAAGCGGACAUUCAUCAAAAACGCGAGGAAAGACGUCGAAAAAUUGAAGCUCUUAAACUUGAGACCUCAAACAACGUAGUAUUACUUAAACGUAUUGAUGAUAUGAUACAACAAAUAAUAGAGGGAGGAGUUGAAACUUUUUUACAAACAAUUGAAAAGUUACGAGAAACAAAUAAAAAGAUAGCAUCCGAAGCAAAAGAAGCAAAAGAUGAAAAAGAUGAAAAAGAUGAAGAAUCUUCGGAAGAUUCUUCACAGAAAGAAGAACAGCUUGCAUAUCCAACUUUUGAUCAAAUGAUGGGUGUUUUAUUUGAAAGAAUUCAAGAUGAAGUUAAAAAUGAAAGUCCAGAAAAAGUUGGGGAACAAUUAAAAAAUAAAUUAAUUGAACAUCGUAAUAAAUUAAGUCAAAGACAAAAAGAAGCUAAACAAGAAUUGGAGAAAGAAGAAAGAGAAGCUAGGAAGAAAAUUACCAUGGAUGAUAUGCAUACUGGAUUUGAUAAGUCGUCUGUUAGUAAAGUCGCUAAAAUUGAACCACCAAAACCUCAACCGAAAAAAACAAAAAAAAAAGAACAAGUUGUCGAAGUCUUAAAUCCCAAUGCUCAAAUGAAAUCACUUGAUGAUAACGAGAAAAAUCAAGCUGAGGUAGAUGAAAAAGAUGAUGAAAAAGAAGAAAGUGAUGAUGAUGAUGAUGAGGAAGAGGAGCUUUUGACAUCAGAUCUUGCGAAAGAAUUCGCAAUGAUUAAAGAUUACGAUAGGAGUUUCGAAUUUAUCACAAAACAUCCUGAAGUCGUUUCUCAAGAGAUAGUUGAUCAAAUUUUAGCAGAGGCAUUCCAAUCUCAAUUAAAAGGAAAAGCCAAGUAUGCAAAACAAGCUGUACAUCAAGCGUGGUUAUUACAGUACUGUCAAAAGCUUGGAAAAGAUGGUGUUACACUUUUCUUCAAAAGGAUAACUUCACCAAACCCUCAAGCACGUGAAGUUUUCAUGAAGGACGUUAAUGAAACCUAUGACCGUAUUCGUGAGCGUUGUCAAAUUAUGGCAGCAGAGAAAACUCAAAAGCCUCAACCUGCUAAACAAGUAGAACAGAUUCAAAUUGAAGUGACAGAUCCUAAUAUGUCGCUUAACGUUCGUGUUCCAGAUGAAAAUGCUGCAGAUGAAGAAGGAAAAAAGAAAUAUCAACUUUUUAAAACUUUACCUGAAGAUUUCCAGGCAGCUUUAAAAACUACCGAAAUAACGAAAAUUAAUAAAGUUUUAGGCGAAAUGACUGUUGAAAAAGCUGAACAUGUUUUACAAGUCUGUGGAGAUGCCGAUAUUCUUUCAAUUGAACCAGGAAUUAUUGAUACAACGCAAGGUGAAGUUGUUCCGGGACAAGAGAUCGACAAUGUGUCACAUGAUGAUAAAAAAGCGGAUUUAUAGGAAUAAAAAAUAAGUAUGAGAAAUUGGACGUUAGAUAAAUAUAACAAAUAUUUUCUUAUGUAUAUUUUUUUGAUUAUGUAAAUUAUUCUAGUAAAUUUAUUCAUAUUUAUUAAACGGUUUCAUUUUAAAUGCCAUCCUAUAAUACAUAAUAAAAACGUCGUAAUCGAUAUUUACAAUUGGAUGAUUAAAUAGCGGCACUACACGCCGCAUUAG